AUGGAGCAAAUGAGCUACAAAAGAAAACCAAGACCUAACAUAUUCACAACAAAUUCAAUGUCCGAAAUAACAUUCAUUGAAGAAGUCUUAUGGAAGGGUGGUUUGGCUUUUACAGAACACCUUCUAAAUUCAACUACAAUGAAAAAAUUUUUGGAAAAUGAUUACAAUUUUGAUCUAGUUAUAUGUGAAGAUUUUAUUCAAGAAGCCUUUUAUAUGUUAUCACAUAAGUACCAAGCGCCAUUAAUAGUCGUUACACCAUAUGGAAACUCUAUGAAACAAUUGUUUAUGGUGGGCAACCCACUUCAGUUGUCCACUGUUCUUUACGAAUUUGUAGCCAUAGAAGAUCCUACAUCAUUUGCAGGACGACUAAAGAAUCUAUACGUAUCUGCGUACGAGUUUAUAUUCUGGCGGUACAGAUACCUAGAUAAACAAGAACAAUUGGUAAAGAAGUAUAUUAAAAAUUUACCACAGCCAGUUCCAAGUUUGUAUGAUAUACAGAAAAAUGCAUCUUUGUUUCUCAUAAAUAGCCACUUUAGUUUUGAUGUUCCUGUUGCAUAUCAGCCAAAUAUUAUUGAAGUUGGAGGACUGCAUGUUGCACACUCCGACGAUGUUUUACCACAGGAUCUUAAACGCAUACUAAGUGAAUCAAAGCAUGGAGUUAUUUAUGUAAAUUUUGGCUCCAAUGUGAAGAGCUCGGAACUGCCAGGAGAUAAGAAAAGAGCUCUUCUUAAUACAUUUAACAAACUUCAACAUACCGUUCUGUGGAAAUGGGAGGAGGAUUACAUGGAAGAUAAACCAAAUAAUGUUAUUAUUAGAAAAUGGUUUCCACAAAGCGCUGUAUUGGCUCAUCCCAAUGUAAAAUUAUUUAUUACGCAUGGAGGCUUAAUGAGUACUCAAGAGGCAAUUUACCACGGAGUACCUUUGGUUGGCGUUCCUAUAUUUGCUGACCAGUUUAACAAUAUUUUGCUGGCAGAACAGGCAGGAUUUGGACGUGUACUUCAGUAUGAACAGCUAAAUGACAAAAACGUGGAUAGAGUAAUUAAUGAAGUAUUGAGAAACGAAAGCUAUAAACAGCGAGCAAUAGAGGUUUCAUAUAGAUUCAAGGAUAGGCCAAUGACUCCUCUAAAUUUAGCAAUAUAUUGGAUUGAAUAUGUUCUAAGAAAUAAUGGAGCAGAAUUUAUGAAAAGCCCAGGAUUGAGAAUGUCAUGGCUGGCAUAUUACAUGAUAGACAUUUAUAUAUUAACUUUUGUCAUGAUGUCUGUUAUACUAUGGAUAUUGAUAAAAGGCUUUAAGUUAUUGUUUUAUAAAGAGUUAAACAAAAAAAGAUGUAAUACAAAACAAAAAAUAUCUUAACCUGGCAUUCUAUUACUAACAUUAAAAAGUUAAAAUUUGUCAAUAUAUUUUAUGGUAUGUAAGUAUAUUUAGUAGAAACAACUUUUUUGGAGCGCAAAACUUGUUUCAAAAGACAAACAAAACGAGAUACACAUUCAGUGAACGGGUGAUCUUGAAUAUAAUUAUUCAUUUAUAAAUAGAUUCGCCUAAAUAAGAUGGAAAAGGUCAAAUCACUUAAAAUGAUACAAUUUAUAUUGUAUAUUUUGUUUCGUUAUGACGUUAGGAUGUCGAUUCUUAUAAUAAUAUUAUUUUAGAGUUUUCAUAUGAGACGAAAGUUUAGUGGCGGAAGGUACAAGCUAUAAAAAUUAUAUUGUAAAUUUAUGCCAAGAGAUUUAACGACAGAUGACUCCCUAUGUACCAUAUGUAAUUACAGUAAUCCACUCUAUUAACGUGGUAUCCUUAUGAAGCGUGUUCAUAUUACGCAAUUGCAACUCUUAUAACGCGGGCAUACCAUAUAACGCCAUAAUUUCCCGCAUACAUAUUUCGAUAGUGUAAAAUUUAUAAUGAUU